AUGUACAAAUACACCUUGGAGGAUAAAUACUGGAUAAAUGAAUACACCUCCACCUUGGGGAUUGGCUUCCACUCUGGCAUCGAGAUCUACGGCAGAGAGUUUGCCUAUGGAGGGCAUCCCUACCCUUUCAGUGGGAUUUUCGAGAUCACACCUGGCAGUGCGGUAGAACUUGGCGAGACCUUUAAAUUCAAAGAAUCCAUUGCCUUGGGCACCACAGACUUCACGGAAGAGGAUGUGGAUAAGAUUAUGGAAGAGCUUGGCAAGGAGUACAAAGGAAAUGCAUACCACUUGAUGCACAAGAACUGUAAUCACUUUUCUGCUGCUCUGGCUGAGAUAUUAUGUGGGAGAGAGAUACCCCGCUGGGUGAACCGCCUGGCCUACUUCAGCUCAUGCAUCCCCUUCCUCCAGAGCUGCCUCCCCAAGGAAUGGCUGACCCCAGCAGCCCUGCAAAGCCACAUCAGCCUCGGCCUACACAAGGAGGAGCAAGGGGACACAACGGAUGAGGAGUCACCCUCCACCUCUGCAGCCCCCUCAGCCUCAGGCACAUCGCGAAGCUGUAGACAUACGCGGGUCUAAACUGUGCCCAGCUUGCCCCCAAAUAACAUCCACGCUCUCAUCCUAUUUAUUUCUCACACCCUUUUGCACACAUUGUUUUCUCUCUUCUUCAGUGGACAACACAGGGGAGAGAAGACUUUCUACUUCAGCCCCUUUUCCAAGGGCUGCCACUACAGUUGCUUGGCAAAAUGACUGUGAACCCCAACACAGAACUGAGGAGUGUGGUGACUAAACUGGAUGCUCCUCGCAGGGCCCCCAUGACCCUCAAUCCACAGAGAACUGCUAAACCUCUCAGGCAUGAGAGCAUGCGUAUGGGCAGAGUGCACAUACUGUGAUGUUCCUUCUCUGGAACUGUUUUAUCUUUUUAUCUCUUCUCCCUACCCAUGGAAGCCCAGCAGCCUCUUCUCCAUUUUGGCUGGGUUUCCCCUUUCCCUAUGACAAAUCUCCUGCCCAUACCCAGUGAAGGAACCAGAGCCAGAACUCAACCUUCUCAUCUCUUAGACCAGCAACAAACUCCAGUUAGCCCCACCCCUUUUGUGAUUAUCAGGUUUCUAACUCAUGUGAAGGACAAAUGAAAGGUGCUCCUAUUCCACAACCACCAAUUUUCAGUACUCAAAUUUAAGAGCUCAAAUUACUGUCCUGUUCUUGAAAAUAAUAACAAAGAACCUGGAAAAUGAAUGUGUUACUGUGGCUUUUCUUUGGGGUCAAAAAGAGGAUGAGGCUGUGGUGGUUAAAGACAGCUGCUAAGUAGAUGCAGAAAUGACUGUUGACCAUAUUCAUGGUUUUUGGCACAGACCCCUCUCAGUUCUCCUAAUUUUAGGCAAUAUUCCUGGUUUCCUUUUUUCCCCCAUAUUCCCUGGGGAAUCUCUCUCCUAGCUGACAUUUGCUGGUUAUAUUUUGGGGAACGGCCCUUCUGAGCCGAACAAAAAGGAGAGUAAAUCUGUUGGGAGGGUCAGUAUUUCCUUUAGAUUUUCCUCCUGCACUCACAGACCUAAAAUAUAGCCAUCCUUCCCUGGCCUUUUUUGAGCCAACCCAAAAAAGUAAAAAAUAAGUGGUGAACCCAAAGAAUGUCAACCUGUUCCUUUCUCCUCCCUUUUUGGAGGUGGAGGGAAAACUUAGGGCCACAUCUGGAAAGUGCGGAUAACCCUUCCAAUGCAUGGGCCACCAUGGUGCCUUCCAUUGUGUGCACUGUUUCAGUGGCAUGAAAAAUGGGCACAGCUGGCUCACUGACCUCUCCAGGCUGGCUCCUGACAAGAAUCCUGACAAGAAUUUGCAUGUAUUUAUAGAUGUAUUUAUGCUAAUUCUGACAGCUAAUGAGAAAGCAAUGGAGGAGGAGAGGACAAGUACACUAACUCUUCUACUCCAUUACCUCACUAGGAAUUCUAGACAGGAGGUGCAGGAAAAAAUCAAAGGGGAAAUCCAGGGCCCCUCUCUGCCUUGCAACUCCUCUUGGCUACACAAAGGAGGACAAAAGAUGAACAGGCACCGUGUUGAGAGCGGGUUGCUGUUUUAGAAAUGCUGUUCUCAACAGUUGCUGCCAAGUCAGAACUUCCACCCUCCACCCAGAAAGAAUGACAAGCUCCUUUUUUUGGUCACAAUUGCAUGCUAAAUCCAACCAGCUGUUUCUUUAGCUCAGGUAUAUAGAAGUAUGUGCUUUCAGGGCUGAAGGUCUUGGCUAUGAUGUACAUCAUGUCUGCACAGACAGCGCUUAAUGGUUUGUUACAUGUGCAUGGCCUUAGCGAAUCAGGAGGCUCUGGAGAGAUCUGUUGGGUGGAAGUGUAACUCACAGGAUGGCCUCACGCCACUGCCUCCUGAAGUGAUGCAUGGUUGGGCAACAAAAUUGUGAUAACAUGCCUCUCUUUUUCAUCCUCUGUACAAAUUGCUGCAAGUUCCGUACUGAAGUCAUGUUCCUUAUUAACCUUGGCUGCUCACAGCCAACGCUGCAUUAUGAGCAAUUCUGCAGCUCCUAGUAACGACUUCAACACCAAUUUUGAUUACUCUGGUUUGUCCAGGAAUGUUUAAUAAGAUUUCCAUCCUGAUCUCCAUGCCACUGCCCAGAAACCAUGUUACACAAUGUACUAUUUCGCUCUCUAUUCCCCUGCAGUCGUGGUCAUUGCAGCCUAAACUGGCAGUGCAAGCUUCAUUUGUCUGAAAUUUCCAGGGUUUCUGCCAAUAGCCAGCAGCACAUUAUGUGCAGUGAAUUUUAAAGGUCCUUCUCUAGGGAAAAGUGAGAAGAGGCUUUCCCAGAGCUUUUGUCUAGGCCAGGGAAACUGCAGUAGGAAAAACGUAGUUCCUGUUGUUGUGAUAAAAGCCAGCCAGCCAGCCAUCACCCUUGUGUUUCUGCUCUGCACCUGAGCUCCAGAUAAAGCAUCAUGUACUCAUCUAGGAGAGAACUAGGGCUCCAGAGGCACAUUUCACAAAGGAAAAAAUGCUUAAUUGACUGUAUGGUAACCUGGACAAGAAAACUGCAUUCAGCCUCCUUGGGAACAUGAAUAUGUGAUUGAAGUAUUGGGAACAACACUUGAGGAGAGCUGUGAAUGUCAUAAAAAAACCCAGAUGUUUGUUUACCUACUUUUAUGUUUGUCUAUCUGUUUAUGACAGUAGGGGUCACAUCAAGGAGGUAUUAAACCUGUGCUGUAAAUCAAAACUAGAAUCUAUUCCAAUCUUCAAAAGUAUUUCUCCCCACCCCUCUCUGUUCAAGGUGAUCAACCAACCAACAAUGACAAGAACAAAGAGACACUGUGGAAAUAAAAUAUAUAUUGAUGAUAGUUUUACCUCUGUAAUUUAACAGCAUUUGAGAUUAUUAAACAUGAAGACAUUUUAAAAUCCUA